AUGCAAACACGUUCAACAUUAGAUAUAAGUUCAAAUAAUUUAUUUACAAAUAUUGAACGGUUAGGUACACGUGAUUUAUUAUCCUAUGGACAACUUUCAUAUGAUACUAUAUUAACAUCAAUCCAAAGUAAUAAUACAUUACCAUUAUCAGUUAAUGUUCAAUUAUAUAUCUAUCUGAUUUAUUUUAUAUUACUUGAACAAAGAACUAAAGAAUAUAAUGAAUUAUAUAUAAAUUUAAUUGAACGUAAUUAUAAAUUAAUAACUAAAACUCAUGCAUAUACAUUAUGUUUAUUUUUACUUGAAAGUCAUGAAGUUGAUUUAAAUUCAUAUGAUAUUUGGUUAUUAUUAAUGAAAGAUGAUAAUUUAACACAAAAAGUUAUAUCAAUUAGUCUUGAAAAACUUUUAAUAGUUGAACAAACAAUAAUUGCUAGUUCAUCAAUAAUAUCAUCAUCAGAUAAUAUUCUUAUUGAACUUGUUGAAGAAUUAUAUACACGUACAAAACAGUCAUCAACAUUACCAUAUGAAGCUUUACUUUUAUUACGUCCUUUAUCAUUAUUACUUGCACACAUUAGUUUUUUUUUUUCGUGCUUUAAUUAA